AUUAAGAGUCAUAUAUGGGCAGGCAAAGGGAAGUAACCCUUGAUGCUAUAGCUAUAGCAGCUUGAGAGGCGAAGGGAAGUAAGCCGCUAAUGGCUUCAGUUAUGCUUCGUGGGCUAGAUCUGCUUGUUCUUUUGGCAGUCGCACUUAUCCUGGUUUUGGUCAAUACUGAAGCUGGACAUGAGUAUGAAGUGUUUUUGAGCUUCAGGGGGCCGGACAGUCGGGAAGAGUUCACUGACAACUUAUAUCAUCGUCUGAAAGAUGCAGGAGUACAAACCUUCAGGGAUGAUGAAGAGCUCCGUGUCGGAGAAGAGAUCGGGCCUGAGCUCAUGAGGGCAAUCAAGCAGUCAAAAAUCUCCAUACCCAUCUUCUCAAAGGGCUACGCUUCGAGUAAGUGGUGUCUCAAGGAGGUGGCGGAGAUGGUGAAGCACAAGGAUGAGACGAAGCACAUGAUCCUGCCCAUUUUCUUAGACGUUACGCCAAAUGAAGUUCAGCACCAAACUGGGAGUUAUACUGAAGCCUUUGCCCGGCAAGAGGAAAAGUACAACUUCAAGACUGUUCAGGAGUGGAGGGAUGCUCUCCAAAAGGUUGUGAAACUGAAAGGGUUGGAACUCAAGAAAGAGGCAAAUGGGAGACAUGGAGAAUUCAUUAAAAAGGUGCUUGCAAGGGUUCUCAUCAGUUUGAAGAAGGCUUAUCUGGAUGUCAAUGACAUCUUGGUUGGAAUCGAUCACCAUGUCGAAGCUAUCAAGAUGACAUUGCUGGAGGUUGAUGAAACAGGUGUUCAAAUUGUUGGAAUAUGGGGCAUGGGCGGAAUUGGGAAAACAACUCUUGCAAAAGUUGUCUACAACCAACUGUUGGAUCAAUUUGAAUCUUCUUGCUUCCUUAAUGACAUUCGAGAAACAUCCUCACAACAUAAAGGUCUUGAGUACUUGCAAAGCAAGCUAGUCGCUGACAUCUUAAAUUGUGAGCGCGACGAUUUUGCGAAUACGGAUGAAGGAACCAAGCAACUCAAGUACAGGCUCCGUCACAAGAAAGCGAUCAUUCUUUUGGAUGACGUCGAUCGAGUCGACCAACUCAAGGCUCUAGCUGGGGAUCUUGCUUGGUUUGGUCCAGGAAGCAGGAUCAUUAUUACAACCCGAGAAAAGAAAGUUCUAGAUCUAUUUCAAGUAAGUGAUAUUUAUGAACUCACGCUACUGAGUGCAGAUCAAGCUUUUGAACUCUUCUGCAGGCAUGCAUUUAUAAAAGGCUUGCCGACACCUGACUUAUAUGGCUUGUCCUGGGAUAUCGUGAGGACAACCGGAAGGCUCCCUCUGGCUCUUGAGGUAAUAGGCUCUUCUUUAUCUACAAGCAGUGGGCGCAAAGAGAUAUGGCAAGGUACACUCAAGCAGUUGAAGAAGAAGCCCCAUAUGAUGGUCCGAGAUACGUUGAGGAUAAGUUAUGAUGGCUUGGAUCAUGAGCAGCAGGAGAUAUUUCUCGAUAUUGCAUGUUUCUUCAUUGGAACAGAUGCUAGAAUAGUAAAGCCCAUGUGGGAUGAUCGUGAUUUUUUCCCAGAAGUUGAAAUUGAGAUCCUUCUCUUGAAGUCACUGAUAAGAAUCACAGGUGAUGGUAAGCUAUGGAUGCACGACCAACUCAGAGACCUUGGCAGGGAAAUUGUGGAACAGGAAAACUACAAAGAGCCGUGGUUGCGUAGUAGAUUGUGGCACAGUGAAGUGGCGAUGCGUGUAUUAGAGAGACAGCCAUGGGAGGGGAAGACAAAAGUUGAGGCCAUCAGUCUAGAAGGUUAUCAGUUCCGCUUGGAAGAUCACUGCAUUGAGGAUGAUCAGUUCAUGCAUCUAACAAAUUUGAGGAUCCUUCAGCUAGAAAAGGCAAGUCUUUGUGGAAAUUUCGAGCGUCUUCUACCGGAUCUGCAGUGGCUAAGCUGGCGAUUCUGCAACUCCAAUCCUACGCCGCCAACCAAUUUAGAUCUGAAGAACCUAAUUGUUUUGGACCUGUCAAGGAGCAUGGUCAGUGAGGAUUGGGCUGGCUGGAGCUUGAUGAAGGUGGCCAGGAAGCUAAAAGUUCUUGAUCUUAAAGGUUGCCUGCAACUAAGAAAAACUCCUGAUUUCUCAGCAUUUCCAGCUUUGGAGAGACUGAUUCUUAGAUCAUGUCACAACUUGGCCAGCAUAGAUCCAUCUAUAGAGAAACUCAGUGCUCUCGUCUCUUUAGACAUAAGGAACUGCACGAACCUCAAGGAUUUGCCUCGGUUGGGUUCUAUGGAAGCACUGACUGAGCUUCUAGUUGAUGGAACCUCUAUACGGGAACUACAUGUAUUGAGAGAUACGGACAAGCUUGGAAAUCUGGAAACCCUCAGCGCCAACAACUGCAAAUUGCUUGCUCAAAUUCCAGACUCAUUAAAAUGCUUAAAGAAACUGAAGCUGCUCUCGUUGGACAACUGCCAGUCACUUGGAGCCCUUCCAGACUCCAUUGGGCAGCUGACCUCAUUGGUUGAGCUGAGCUUGUCAGGCACACAAAUCAGGAGAUUGCCCGACUCCAUAGGCAAUUUAACUCUCUUGACUGUGCUCAAGAUUGAUCAUAGUCGUAUGACUUGCUUGCCCAGCACUCUUGCAAAUUUGGAGAAUCUACAAGUGCUAAAUGCCAGUGGUUGUGUAGACUUGGAGGGAGAAAUUCCAAUUAACAUUGGAAGCAAAUCCUCUAUGAGGAUCUUACGGUUAGCUGAUACAAAGAUUAGCAGCCUUCCGACAAGUAUUAUUUGCCUCCACCAACUCAAGAUUCUUGAUUUAGGAGGGUGCCAGAGGCUCGAGGCUCUGCCUAAUCUGCCCUCUAGCUUAAUCAGUCUAAGGCUCGGUGGUGAGUCGAUCCGGAUUUUUCCGAAUCUAGAGAACCUGAUCAACUUGAAGGAAUUGAUAUUCCUGGGGUGCCGCCAGCUUGUGGAAGUGCCUCCGGGUAUCUGGAAUCUAUCCAAGUUGGAGAAGUUGGAAUUAUCCAAUACGGGCAUAACCACCUUGCCAGAACAGGUUGGCACUCUACCUCAUCUCAGAGAGCUCCGCAUUCGGAAGUGUUUGAAACUAAAAUGCCUCCUGAAGCUUCCACCAAGCUCGUAUGAGCUGGAGAUUUCGUUCUGUUCUUCACUCACGAGGUUGCCAAAUCCUUCAAACUUGAACAACUUGUUUCUGUUACGUAUGUACAAAAGCAGCAAGAUAACGGUGAUUCCAGGCCUGCGGGGUUUAACAUCUCUCAAAAGAUUGGAUACAUCAUUAUGCCCGAUAACUCGCCUUGAUGGUCUUGAAAGGCUAGACUUUUUAAGUUAUUUACAUAUUGAAUUGAGCCAAAUGGAAAAGCUUCCUUACUUGUCGAAAUGGAGGAGGUUGUCUGGGAUGAAUGCUUCCUACCGUAGAAAGCUUCGACCUCGACCGGUUGCAUGACUUGAGAAAUCUCUACUUGAUCAGUUGCAAUUCAAUGGAAAAGUUACCAAAAUUUUCAAAGUUGAAAUUGUUGAAAAAUUAUUGUAUUUGGACAGCUGCAUGAAGCUAAGUCAAGUUGAAGGGCUUGGAGAAUUGCAAUCAAUGGAGGUUCUGGACGUUUCGGAGUGCAGAGCACUUGAAAAGUUACCGCUUCUAUCAAAAUUGCGUAACUUACAAAGCUGGCAAUGAGCGGCUGAGAAAAAAUAACUGAGAUUCCAAGACCUGGGCAUUUGGAAUCCGUAGAAUUCUUAGACAUUUCUUGAUGUAAAGCAGUUGAGAAGUCUGUCGAAAGAGGAUUGCACUCGUGCCGCAAACCAGAAACCUGAUUAAGAAAUUCUCUUCCAAUCUGUAAGUUUGAUACAUUGGUUCAUUAGCAUCUCUUAUGGUUCCAUUCUGUGAGGACUUGUAGCUGUAAUAUCUUGCCAAAAGUGGAAAGCUUCACCUACAGAAGGCGGCAAAUUCUGCUAAUACAGAAUUUAUGUGGUCCAAAGGAAAGGGAAAGGACUCAUGGAAGUGUCAGGAAAGAUCAUUUGGGGUUGGGGAAGUCAUAGAGGUUACCAUAUCUCGUUUUUGCAUGUCCUUCCCAUCUCCAAAAUCGCUGAGAAAACUUCUGCUUCUAGAAAUCAUCAUGUGAUAACAAGUAACCGAACUCUGUUCAUGAGAGCCACUAAGGUCACUUACAUCAAACAGCUCCAGCUCAGUUGGAAGUCGCAUGAGACAAGAUGGGAACGAAAAAGUAGCCCUCUCGCAGAGGUCUACUAAGAGAGGCAAUGCCAACCCAUCCUUUACAACCUUCCAAAAUUCGAAACUGUUGAUAUGAACUUCUGCUACUAUCUCCAUUAGCUCCAUCCUUCUUAUCACAAUUCGUCCGCAUUAAGCCAAUUGUCUGGACUCAUCCAGACUGAUCUUAUACAGCCCCGACAUCCCCCUGGCUAGAGACCCAUAGACAGUCAGGUAAUGGCCAAUACCCUGAAUCUUCAGUUUCAAACUCGCAACCUCAUUCCACCCAUCAGCAACAAGCUCAGGCAGAGUAUACGUCAAUGAGAUGGAAAAACCUGCAGAGGGCCUCUGAUCGGGGAGGUGGUUAGCUGCCUUGAAGGUAGAUGAUCUUGUCUUAUACUGAAACCAAGAUCUAGAUAUUAUACCAUGGAAAUAUAUUGCUCUGUAUCCAUGUUGAUGCAUAAAAUAUGAUGUCUAAUUUUUAUUAUCUAUAUUGCUCAUAAGCACGAUAAGGACGAUACACUUUCAUUUGUGGAGUACGGUGAGUCAUAAAACAUUCUUACAUUCCUCCUCUCUCUUGUAUGCUCUACUGCCCUCAUAUUUACAAUUUGAUGUAAAUAUAUAUGUUACGUUUAUACUAUAGUGCAACCUUCGGACUUAACUACUGCUGACAAUAGGGAGCACAUUCUUUCUGGGAUUUGGCCCAGUGAUUCUUAUAACCGUGGCAUUCUUCUCUAUUCUCUUGCCUUUACUUUGGACCAACGUUUGUCCACGAUGCUAGUCGGAUGCAAAUAUUGCCCCCACAGCACAUCGACCAACUGUUGGAAGAUGAACGAUAUCCCAAAUGGUCCCUCAUGUCAACUGAAAAGGGACGCAUAUGUUUCCAGUUGCUCCCCCUGGCUUGCAGAUCUCUGGCGCCCAUUCGAUGCUCUCGUUUAUUCUCUCACCAGCAGCCUCUUUGUAAAUCCUCCAUAUCAAGAAAGAAGAACCUCUUGCAUAAGGAAAUUUACACCCUGAUGGUUGUUACAAUACUGCAAUGCUCUCUAGCUGUUGGAAAUUUUUGAUUUCCGGUAAUGUUUAGCAAGAUGAUGUAGUUAUUAAUGACUCGAUUCUAUGCUCAAUGGCUAAAAUCCUGAGAAGCUGCGUCUA